AUGUCAAACAUCACCAGACCUUGGUGGAAGGAUGCCGUAGUCUAUCAAAUCUAUCCUGCGUCCUUCCACGACAGCAACAAUGACGGCAUCGGAGACAUCCCUGGCAUCAUCCAGAAACUCGACUAUAUCCAAUCUCUCGGUGUCGAGGUCAUCUGGGUCUGUCCCAUGUAUGCCAGUCCACAAAUCGACAUGGGCUACGACAUUUCCGACUACGAGGCAGUUCAUCCUCCAUACGGCACGGUUCAGGACAUGGAAGUCUUGAUCAAAGAAACCCAUAGUCGCAACAUGAAGGUCAUCCUGGAUCUGGUCAUCAACCAUACCUCAGAUCAACACGCAUGGUUCAAAGAAUCGCAAUCCUCAAAGGAUAACCCGAAGCGCGAUUGGUACAUCUGGAGACCCGCCAAGUAUGACAGCGAAGGCAAGCGUGGACCUCCGAACAACUGGCGUAGUUUCUUCGGCGGCUCGGUCUGGCAGUGGGAUGAGCAAACCCAAGAAUACUACCUCCACCUCUUCUGCACUGAGCAACCGGAUAUCAACUGGGAAAAUGAGGAGGCUCGCAAGGCAAUCUAUCAAUCGGCCAUGACGUCCUGGCUCGAGAAAGGAGUCGACGGCUUCAGAAUCGACACUGUCAACAUGUAUAGCAAGCCCAUGGACUUUCCGGACGCUCCUGUUCAAGACCCCAGCACCCCGUGGCAAGACGCCAGUCUUAUAUUCUGCAACGGACCUAACAUGGACAAAUAUCUAGACGAAAUGAACGCGAUCCUAUCCCGCUACAACGCAAUGAGCGUAGGAGAAUGUCCCGCCACGCCGGAUCGUGCCCGCGUGAUCCGCUAUGUCAGCGCAGAAGCAAAAAAGCUCAACAUGGUCUUUCAAUUCGAUUCCGUCGACGUCGGACAAUCCAAACCCUCCAAAUACGACACUAAGCCUUUCAAUUACACGCUUGCCGACGUCAAAGGCGCCAUCUCACGCACCCAAAGCCUUCUCGACGGCACAGAUGCAUGGACGACAUCCUUCAUUGAAAACCACGAUCAAGCACGAAGUGUCUCACGUUUCGGCAACGACUCACCCACCUUCCGUACGCGCUCGGGAAAAAUGCUGUCGAUGCUGUUUGCCUCACUCUCCGGCACCCUCUUCAUCUACCAAGGCCAAGAAAUCGGAAUGAUAAACAUGCCCAAAGACUGGGAUAUUGCCGAAUACAAAGACAUUGACAGCCAAAAUUUCUACGCCGAUGCUUUGGCGAGAAACCCUGGAAACAAAGCUGUAAAGGACUUUGCCAAAGCGGGCUUACAGCAUUUAUCCCGCGAUCAUGCUAGAACGCCUAUGCAAUGGACUGCUGCAAGUCCCAAUGCUGGAUUCACAGGCGACAAAGUCAAGCCGUGGAUGCGCGUCAACACUAGCGCUCAAGACGGCAUAAAUGUGAAAGACGAAGAUGCAGAUGCAACUAGCGUCCUCAAUUUCUGGCGCAGCAUGCUCAAAGUGCGCAAAAAUCAUGCCGAAGUGCUCGUGCAUGGAACCUUCCAACUGGUAGACGAGAAUAACGAGAAGGUGUUUUCCUUUGUCAAGACUUCGCUAGAUGGAAAGGAUAAAGCGCUUUUGGUUUGCAAUCUUUCUGAUGAAGAGAAUCGAGUUCCUGAGUUUGAGGGUGUGGAGUUGGCUGAGGCUAUGUUGUUGCUCGAUAAUCCAUGGGAGGGUCGUAUAUACCUCAUCGACUGA